AUGGUGCAAAUCACUAAAUUUUGCAAUGAAUUAAAGCGUGCAAAUGUUAUUACUGAAUGUGGUGCAUUUCGUAUGAAAAUUAAUGACAGAACCAUCAAAACAAAGAAGUCUUCCGCUAUUUGUUUUUCAGAUUUAAUCAAAGAAAAGUAUUUCAUUGAUAAAUCAAUAACAUCGAUGGAAACAUAUCUCGAUAUUAUAUGUCAAGAUUCAAUUGAUAUCGUUUUAAACUUUAUCGAAACAGGCAAACUUGAGUUUUCCGGAGACGAGUCUCAUCUUCAUGACAUAUUUGAAAUUGGUAAAUAUUUUGGAAAUCAACUUCUAACACAAAUAUAUUGUGAACAUGUUAAAUCAGACGAAUCUCUUACGAAUGAAAACGUUUUUAAAAAGUACGAAAUUUUUGCUUUCGAAAAUGAUUCCACAUCAAUGAAUGAAUGCAUUGAGUACAUUUCUUCACACUUUUACUGUUUGAAUGAAGAAGAAAUAAUUAGAAAUUUUGUCAAGAAUGGAUUUGAAUUUUGUGAAAAAAUAUUGACAUCAAAACAACUCAAAAUUGAAAAUGAAGACAAACUUAGUUUCAUCCUUUUAGAAAUAUGCAAGAUGAAUAGAUCAUUAUUUGAUUUAUUUGGAUAUGUCAAUUUACAAUUUUGUUCAUCCAAAUUUUUUGAUGAAAUUUAUAAUUUUUCAGUUGAAAACUCGUUUGAAUCCAGUCUAUUAACUAUUUAUAAUGAAACAUUGAAGAAUUUUCAUUCAAAUAUAAGAGAUAAUAUUGAAAUAUCCAGUAAAUCUAUCACAUCUUUCGAAAAACAUUUAAUUCAAAAUAAACUAAAAGUAUCAGAUCAAUCUAUCAAAUCUUUCGAAAAACAUUUAAUUCAAAAUAAACUAAAAGUAUCAGAUCAAUCUAUCAAAUCUUUCGAAAAACAUUUAAUUCAAAAUAAACUGAAAGUAUCAGAUCAAUCUAUCAAAUCUUUCGAAAAACAUUUAAUUCAAAAUAAACUGAAAGUAUCAGAUCAAUCUAUCAAAUCUUUCGAAAAACAUUUAAUUCAAAAUAAACUAAAAGUAACAGAUCAAUCUAUCACUUUUGAGUAA